UUUUAUUCGGGCAUUCCACCAUGAAAGAGAUUUCCACCCCCAUGAAAAGUGCGAUAUACCACGGCGCAAGCUCCGUGCGAGAGAGCUUGCGAGUCGCACCACCGACUGGCAGACUUGUUUUCAAACAGUCGUCGAAGCUGGUUGAUCGCAUGGCUACUUCGUGUGUGUACGCGUGAACACGACUCCCUUCUUCAAGAUGAAAAAAUUUCGACGAAGAGAUCGUGGCCGGAAAUACUUGUAAGAUCAGACUUCGAUGACCGAAACCGCAUAUUAAUCGCGCACACGUGAAAUUCAUUCUCACGAUUAAAUGACACGAUUUGUUCUUGCGAUCGAACAUUACUGUGCAAUUAUUAUUAACAAAGUGUAGUGAAAUGUGAAGUGAAUAAAAAAAAAAUGAUAUACGUUAUUGUCUCGACGGUAAAUCAGAGAGGAAAUAUCGUGGAUUCGUUUUUUUAUCCUGAUCUAUGAAAAAUUCAUCAAAUGAAGUUUCGAAAUAUAUAAAAAUUUUUGGAACAUUUUACGAAGAUACAUAAUAAAAACACCAAUAAAUUACAGCAAAUCUUUUUGAUUGCAUUUCUUAAUCACAAGGUAAAAAUUGUCGAAAUUUUGUAAACGAAUUCUCAUCUUCUUGUACAAGAAGAAGAAAGCACAUCUAGUAUUAUCUGCUUUAAAUCAAUGAUCGAGCGAAAAACUUUCUUGAAAAAGUUGAUGCCUUUGAAACAUUCAACAAGCUCAAAGGUAAAGCAGUUUUGAUUUUAUUAGAAAUUCGUUGCGUUUCGUACGAGUAGUAAGUACCUGCGUUUAGUCAGACAAUGAACAUUGCAAAAUGUUACAGAUCUCGCAGAAUUUUCGGAAGAAACCGAAUUUCUUCCGAAAAAUCCCGAUCAACGAACAAUAAUUCUGCAAAAAUUAUAUUUUCUAAUUAUUUCUGUCGCUGUCUAUAAUUGUUUUGUAAAGGAAAGAAAAGCUCAAAAUAAUUAAUAUAAUGAAAAAUGGUUCGGAAGAUUGUAUAAUAAAGAUAUGCACGCAAUGAAUACAUAAUUAUUCAUACAUAUAUAAUAAUUGUAAUGAUGUCUUAAGGGAAAAAUGACAAACGCAGUUAAAUAGCAUGCCUAUUGUUUGAAAAAUGACGUUCUAGGAACAAGAAUUUCAAAGGUAUUAUCGGCAAGAUAAUCGUUUCAUUCAAGGUUACUCACACAACCAUUAAGGACUUCAUCGUACUAUCGUGGAUGUCCUCCAGACAAGCAUCUCUCUUUCUCACUUACACCCAGAGAUCGAUUUUCUCUUUAUGAAAAACGCAGAAACGAACCUCUUUCUCGAAUGUGAAUAAUAAUGUUGACGUUACUUUAACCACUUUAACGAUAGCAAAGGAAAGUUUACUUAAAGAAAGAAGCAUGUGGAGACCUAUCAAUUUCAGAAAUGUGCGUGCAUCAGUUUAAAGCAUCCGUAUCUUAAUUUCAAAUCGGCAGUAUGCCAGCGAGAACGCGACGACGAUAUAAAGAACGCUAGAGAUGAAAUAUUAACGAUGCCAUGUGCGAUGGCAAACGCAGAAAUCUGGAAUCGAUAACGCCCUUUCCUUUUUGUAAAGAUCAUCAAGCGAUUAAUCGCUCGCGGUAAUAAAAUUAAUCGAUGCAUAAUUGCACGAUAUCUAUACUCGCGGCUAAUGAAGUUAAUUGUCCUGGUAAUUGUCCUAAGUGCAUCGGGCAGAUCAAAUGUGUCCAACGAAAAAAUAGGGUGGAUCCUUGCAGUGUAAACAUGGAAGGAGGCCUCUUCGAUGUUAUACGUUUCUACACCUAUCUCUAUCUAUCGACGAACGGCUAAUCGCGCCAGCUUAAAUCAACGUAGGUCAUCCCAGUCGAAAAAAGUGGAGCGACCUUCCACGGAUUCGAUAGAAUUGUGAGUCACGUGUCUGAUUAGUCGCGUAAGACGAAUUUAUAGCGGUUUUAUGCGGAAUCGGCAAUAUAUUAGAAACGAAAUUAAUUAACUUCCAAGAAUCAAGGAAUCUGAUUUGAUGCUGGAUAUCAACGAUUUUUUUUAUCAGCGCUAACAAUUUUCAUCGUUUCCGGAGAAUCGGAAAAUUAUAAGCUUGAAGGUUUCAAGGAUCACCUCAAGGACGCACUUUAUGACGAAAUGACAUGAUGAUCGUGCGUUGUGACGCAUAUUUGUGCUCGUAAGGGGACGGCAGCGAAAUCAUUUAAUCGAUAGAGGAAUCGUGACACAUACAUACGCACUUGUCGACCGACUUCGCUCUCUCCAAACGGAGUUAGUGCAGGAAAAAUAAAACGGAGAUCCAUAUAUAAUACGAAAUAUUUUGCACGCGCUGCAUUUUUAUCGGAUAAUAUUUUGUUGCGAUAACAAAAAAAAAAGAGAAUGGAACUGCUAGGAACGAUCGAUUCUUUCUACGAAACGAGUACAGUCGUCCACUGAUCUCUCGACUUGUUGUUCUCUUCGGGCGAGACGGCGGUUAAACUUUUACGAAGCUACUAUAGUCGCUUGCUCUACGAUAGUAAUGAAAUGUCGACAUGAAGUCGCCGGGCUUUUUAUAUCAUGUGCUUGCAGAAAGAGAAGGCAAAACAUAAUAUACGCGACACUCGACUUUAUGAAGAUUAUCAAUUUCAAAGAGAGAAGAAUUAAUUUUCGUUAAGAGGAUAAGAUCGACAAGAGGAUAAAGAUCAACUUCGAUAGAUGAAAUAAUUCUUUAACGAGUUCGCGUUGGUAUCGGGAACGCUCGCUCUUUCGAGGGAUUAAAAUUUACGCAAAUUGAAGAAAUUGGAAAAAAUCCAAUAGAGAGAUAUUGAUAAAACGGGAACAGAAGUAUCGGUAAAUCGAAAUCGCGAAGCAUCACGCGAUGGGUCGAAAACAGAAACGUCGUAUGAUACCGGAACAGGACCGCAGGAUCUGCGGCAGCAUCUGCUUCUUCCAGUUUACCUUUGUCAUCAGUUGUGUGGCCUUGGUCUACCUCGGGGUGGCGAUUUACGCACCAUCGUAUAGAGCCUUUCACAUCGGCAUCGAGCCGGAUCCGGUGAUGUGCCAAACCGUUAAUGCCACGAUGGUGAACAAUUGCGGCUGGGCGAGUUGCGGCGAAUGGUGCUUGACAAAAACCAGCGGCUAUUGUGCUCAGCUUCACGCGACCGUAAGACGCAACGGCACCGACGUGCUUUUCGAAAACUGCACCAAGUUUAAUACAAUCGCAUGCCCUGAGGCAAACAUGAGCACCAUGAAAAAGUACAACUGCAACAACGGCAGCGAGUGCAGCACUUUGACAGGCGUGUUCAACUGCAGCCUCGGGCAUUGUUCGAACAUGAGCGAGCUGCUGCUCUGUCAUGUUAAGGCUGACGGUAUCGUCAUCGACAGCGAGAAGGAUAAUAUGAAGCUGAACGGCUUCUUUAGCUGUGAAAACUCCAGAUGCACGAAGAUCAAGAGCCACUUCCACUGUGACAGAUACUGCCCAAAUAUCACCACCAGCGACAUCAACGUUUACCUGAUGCAGGACAACAACAUCAUCUCCGCGAGGUGCUCCCGCGGGAUGGCCUUGAACAGAGCAAACGGUAGUCUGCCUGGUACCAGACUGGACGAGCCCGUUAAGAUCUGGGACGAGCACAACGGCAGCAUCAUCGCCAGUUGCUUCGCCGUUACGCACGAUGAACACGUCAUUAGAACGGAGGAUUGCGUGAACGGUACUUUGCUGAAGGACAUCAAGGUUCCCCAACCGUCCAUUAACUUCACGAGUUUCUUAAAAAUCUAUGGGAGGAGCUUACAAUAUCCGACGGAUCCCACAAACGCCUAUGUCCCGGCGCAAAAGUCUCUGACGAUCUAUAACAGCUCGCGAUUAUACAUCAAUCUCGAGCGUUGCGUCAACACCCUCAGAGGCGAAUGCAGGCAAUUUCUUCUCACCCACGGCCGUGAUGGCAAUAAUAAAACCGCGCAGAGCAGAUAUCCUUGCUACUAUAACAAGAACGACUCGGCCUUCGUGGUGGCGCGUUUCGAUCUGAAAAAGACGCGAAUGGAGCUGCUGAUCGCCAUAAUCGUGCCGGCUGGACUCUUCGUUGUCAGUGUGAUCACUUUGAUCAUCAUUUCGCGAUCGGUGAAGGUGGGGGAUGACGCGAAGAUGCGAUGCAGGUAUUGCGUCGACAAGCAAGAGGUCGAAGGGGAAGAUGAGGGUCUCAUGGAGGCGACGUCCUCCGCCACUCAAAGUCAGGUGAAUGAUAAUGAAAUCAGUAGUAUGGCUCUUUAGCAGUAUGCGCCGCUUAGUAUGGGCGCUACGGGCUAUGAAAGGCUGCCACUGAUCGACAUGGAUGAGGCUGAGGAUUCCUUUUAAAGGAGAAAUGAUACCCGGCUUUUAAAAGUUCGUCCUGUUGAAUAGAUUCAUCCCUAUAUCGAGAGAAAUGAACUUCAAAAGUGAAAAUCUUCGAGGUGAAUUGAGUUCUCAGACGGACAUUAACGUCGUCUUCCGUAAUGAGGUGUAAUUCACCUUUUCUAUAGUUACAAUUGUCAUUAUAUUGAUAAUGUAUGCAAAAGUACGAACGAUACGUGAUUGCGACGUUAUAUUCGAGAAGUUGAAUCCAAGUGAUUUCUCUGCCAAUAUGAAAUUCAUCGAAAGUAUAACCCAUUCUGAGGUCCAAGUUAUUUGCGAGAGUUAUAUAUAAGAGUCAUACGAUACAUCGGUCAAACAAAUAUAUUUAUAUGUUCACUGUUGCCUUCGAUGUAUCGCUAAACUUUGUGCGUAAAACAAAGUGAUUGAAACUGAUUGAUAUUAAUCGUCAUACAUUAACAUUAUUAAGGUUUUGCCUCCAAAUACAUCAAGGGAACAUUAAAAGAUAAAAUAAAUGUAUAUAGUAGAAAAUAUGUAAUGUAAUUGUUUAAUGCCACCGUGUUUUAAUAAAUGAUAUGUAACAAGAAUCAGGUGGCGUUUAACACACAAUUGUUCCCCUGCGAUAUACAUGUAUGAAUAAAGUGAAAAAUCAAUAAUUUCUUAAUCAAC